AUGUGGAGCAAUAAUAGAAACGUAACGGUGCCGUCUGUGGAGCAGCCCCAGCCGCAACGCAAGGGCCACUGGAGUGCUCGCGGCAUCUACCAGCCCCAGAUGCAUGAGUCGCUGUGGCGGAAUACCUUGUGUGCAAAUGUGCUCGCACGCGUGGAUGUGGGCGCAUCUCCGGUGGUAAGUGUUACAAAGCACGUUCUACGCAUGCACCAUGGGCUCACAGCACAGAUCGUUUUGAAGAUUUCCAUGCAGAAAAGGCAAAUCCGAUGGUACCGUGGGGUGCGUGUCCAAGGUUGCCAUGCACCAUCGUGUAUCAUGGUAACCUUGCAUGUCGUACGGCAACGUUGGGCGCUGAGUCGCCGAGUGCCUCGGAGCCGUAUAUCCGGCAGUGGCGACCUGCAGCAGUGCGCUCGAACAUGGGUGCGAAAGCAUUGUUGCCAAGUCUCGGUGGCGACGAUGACGAUGGUGGAAGCGCAUGGGCCGCGUCGUGCUGCUUGCAUGGCAGCAGCCUACUUCGCCUGUGCAUGGAAUUGGCUCAGGCGAAUUGCAGGCGGCGGGACGUAUGGCGUGCGUGCAAUUGGACAGGAGCCCAUGGAAUCGAAUCAAGAGGGCACUGAUAUGAUCAUGAAGGUUGCGGGGCAGUCAUGCUCAUAG